CUCUCUUUCUCAACUUAUCAGAGAGUGGGGAAGAAAGAGAUGGCUGGGCACAAGAUUGCACAUGCAACCUUGAAAGGUCCAAGUGUUGUGAAGGAGUUAAUUAUCGGUCUCGCGCUAGGGAUAGCUGCUGGUGGGAUGUGGAAGAUGCACCACUGGAACGAGCAGAGGAAGACUAGAGCAUUCUAUGAUUUGCUUGAGAAGGACGAGAUUAGUGUUGUUGUUGCAGAGUAGUAGUAUUAGAGAGAGAGAUAUUCUACUCCCAACACUAAAUAUUUUGAUGAUGACGAUCACCUACAAACUUUAGCAUUUGUUAUUAGUUUCAAAACCUAUCAUCAUUAAUAUAUGAUGAUGCUUUCUAGU